UAUGGAAAAGUCCCAAACAGAAAUAAUGGCUAAUUUAGCCGUGAACAUUUUGCAAUUGCAAGACAAAGUUAGUGGAAAAGAGUUGAAUAAAACUAAAACUCAUUCACAAAAAGAGUCCGAUAGGACAAGAACUGUUAGUGUCAGUGACAUUCCUGAAUUGUCAGACAUAUCAGAUGAUGAUAUGGAGUCUGAGGAGGAACAAGAUGACCAAGAUGUUGGUUGUUCUCUUGAUCAAAUGUUGGAUGAGGUAGACGAAGACUUUUUUCUAGAGUUAGAGAAAGAGUACCAAGAGGACAAAAAGUUUGGUCCUGAGAUAGAUAGUGCUAUGGCAAAACUUGCUGAAACAGCUAUAGAGAAACCCUUGAAAGACGAGGAGUAUCAAAAGUUAGCAGACAAGUAUUUGGUGCCUGAAAAUUGCAAAAAGAUAAAGGUACCUCUGGUAAACAGAGAAUUAUGGAAGGUGCUAAAAACCAAACGAGAAGGAGAUGUGGCGAUGCAAAAGGUGACUCAGACAUGUAGUUCAGCAUUGGUCAUGGUACUCAAGGCUUUGAAUAUUAUUAAGACAAAAGGGGACAUGAGUGAAACCAAACCCAUAUUCAAAGACUUGUUUAAAGUUUUAACGCAUGGGAUAUGUACGGGAAACAGGAAAAGAAAGCAGAUGAUAAGGCCUAUAGUCCCAGGGAAAUACAGGAAAUUGUGUGAAGUAGACACACCUGUUACAGAAUUUUUGUUCGGUGACAAUCUGGAUGAAAAGGUGGACAAAUUGGACAAAGAUGACAAAAGGUCAGACAAGUUAUCUAUGGAAUCAGGAGGUGUUUUUUUAGGGAAAAGAAAGCACAAUUGGUCAAAGGACAGUCAUUGGGGUCCAGCAAAAGACAAAAACUGGCCAAAAGACAAAUUCUGGCCAAAGGACAAAUUCUGGGCAAAAAACAAAAAGAAACUGAAGAAACCAAAGACAAUACAUUAAAUGUAUCUUCUUCUGGGAAAAGUGCUGCAGAAGUUAAUUACAGACAAAGUCAACAAAGCAUUGAUUGUAGCACCAAUUUGGACAACUCAAGUAUGGUUUCCAAUUCUUCUACAGCAGACUUGUCAACAACCAUACUUACUACCACAAAAAAGUUUAAUAUUUCCAGGAAAUCUACAAAAACUACAUCCAGUGAAAAAUCUUCAACUUGGGAUUUUUUGUGUGUCAGGGAACAUCUCCAAAGUAAAGGAGUUUCAAACAAUGUUGCCGACAUCAUUCUACAAUCAUG